CCCCUCGCUCUGACCAAUUAUGUUUAGUAUAAACUAUUAUAUAAACGAGGGUUUUAGAGAGGGUUUAACAAAUCAGAACCAACAGAAAAUUCUGAAAAUGGGUUUGGACAAAGGGAAGAAGCAGAAAUUGGUAGAAGCGAACGAAGAAAAGAAUGGGACGGAGCUCAUUGAUGGAGAGCUCGUUCUUUCCGUUGAAAAGCUUCAAGAAGUACAAGAUGAGCUUGAAAAGAUCAAUGAAGAAGCAAGCGAAAAGGUUUUGGAAGUAGAACAAAAGUACAAUGAGAUACGCAAGCCUGUCUAUGACAAGAGAAGCGAUGUCAUAAAAUCCAUUCCUGACUUCUGGUUGACUGCAUUUUUAAGUCAUCCUGCCUUUAGUGAACUUUUGACCGAGGAAGACCAAAAGAUUUUCAGGUACUUAAGUUCCCUCGAAGUGGAAGACUCCAAAGAUGUGAAAUCGGGUUACACUAUUACAUUUAACUUCAAUCCCAAUCCAUAUUUUGAAGAUACAAAGCUAACAAAAAUCUUUACUUUCCUCGAAGAAGGAACAACAAAAAUCACUGCCACAUCAAUAAAAUGGAAAGCAGGAAUGGGCAUUUCUAAUACUGUGGCUGAAGAGAAGAAAGGGAACAAGCGAUCUCAUUCUGAGGAAAGUUCCAUUCUGUCAGAGCCAUCUGCAUUGGCAGCAAAGGGAAAUGAAAGCUUUUUUACCUGGUUUAGUGAUAGCCAGCAGAAAGAUGAUGUGAAUGAGAUUCAUGACGAGCAGGUCGCUGAAUUAAUCAAGGAUGAUAUCUGGCCAAAUCCUCUAACAUAUUUUUUUGAUGAGGCAGACGAAGAGGAUUCUGACAUGGAUGAUGGUGAUGAGAAGCUAUCAUUACCUGAACUUGGCGCGGCACUUUUUGUUUAUGAAUGGCUAUCUUAUAUAUUGCCGUAACUUUGAGAAGUUCCUUAUAUUGCUCCUCAGACUCAACAUCCCUUGCUUGGUAAUGCUUCAUCUUAUUGAAAUGAUGUUAUGGGCUUAUUGCCUCGUGUCUGAGAAAACAUUUUAUAUGGUAGCUAAAAAGUGCAGAAUUAAUAUGUGGAAUAUGGAAUGUGCCAUGUAUAUAAAAGUUGGGUUAGUAAAUAGGCCAUCAAUCCUGGUAUCCUCCCCAUAGAUGCAACUAUUGUGGUGCUUCUCUUAUGACUAAAAAGUGCGGAAUUAAUAUUUGGUAAUGUGGCAUAUACAUAAAAGUUGGGUAAGUAAAAUAAUUUUCCUUUUCCUUUUCCUUUAUUGGGUGGAUAUAGAUAAGGUAGUAAAAAUGUGCGCGCUGCCUGAACUCAGAUACUUUUGUGAUAGUUAGAUGGUAAACCACUUGAACUUUGUUAUUUUUUACUAA